CUUGAUUACACCUCGGCAAUUGGACCCUGAGACGCUACCAGCCCUACGCGUCGCCGACGGUCGCCAAUGUACACGGCGCGCGACCCGUUCAACCUCCGCAGCAAAGCGUCCCAAGCAGCCCCGUCCGCCUUUUCGCUGCUCCAGAACGCCGCCACGCGCACCUCGCAGGCCGUCGAGUCGACCAAGCAAUCGACGCAGCACGCCGUCGAGGCCACCAAACAGGCGCUCCACGACUCCGACAUGUCCUUCGCUGUCCCGCGCAACAUCGAGUCUGCUUCACGUCGCUUCGAGGACAAUGUCUGGAACAAGGUCACGGGGAACGACAAGGGCUUGCCAAUGUACAAGGACAAGCCUACGGGAUACGGGUACGGCGGUGGCAGGGGAAAGAGGGCGUUCGUGAGGAGCAAGAAGGGGCUCGUAACAAUAGCAUUGUUGGUGCUGGGCUUGGUGUACUGGAUGGUCGUGCCGGGCUCGAACCAGACGCCGGCGCCGAAGUUGGGUGCUGGAAAGGGCUGGUUCAGUGGAAGCACAGCCAGCGACAAAGAUUUGAUAUGGGAGAAGAGGAGACAGGAAGUGAGGGAUGCCUUCCUGCUGAGUUGGAACGCAUACAAGGAACACGGGUGGGGCUACGACGAGUAUCACCCGGUCGCUAAGAAUGGCCGGUAUAUGGCAGAGCCCAAUGGCAUGGGUUGGAUUAUCGUCGACGCAUUAGACACCAUGAUGAUCAUGAACCUGACCAAGGAGCUCAGGCACGCGCGCGAAUGGGUCGCCACCACCCUGGACUACGACAAGGACCAGGACGUCAACACCUUCGAGACCACGAUCCGCAUGUUGGGAGGCCUCCUGUCUGCACACUACUUGCAGGAAACCCUCCCGGGACUGAAGCCCGAGAAUUCAAACGAGGAAGACCUCUUUCUCGAGAAGGCCACUGAUCUCGCAGACCGCCUCAUGGGCGCCUAUGAAUCGCCCUCCGGCAUCCCCUGGGCCAGUGUGCGCCUCAAGGACAGCAAAGGCGAGGCCUCGCACGCCGACGGCGGCGCCUCCUCGACCGCCGAAGCAACCUCCCUGCAACUCGAAAUGAAGUACCUUGCCUACCUCACGGGAGAGUCGCACUACUGGGAGAAAGCCGAAAAGAUCAUGCAAGUUGUCGACGACAACGGAGCCAAAGACGGCCUGGUCCCAAUCUUCAUCUACGCCGACCGUGGUACCUUCCGGGGUAAUGAGAUCCGUCUAGGCUCUCGUGGAGACAGCUACUACGAAUACCUGAUCAAGCAGUACUUGCAAACCCAAAAGCAAGAACCCAUCUACCUAGACAUGUGGAACGAGACCCUACGAGGCGUAAAAAAGCACCUCCUCACCUACACCAAAGACUCUCACCUGACUGUCCUCGCCGAGCGCCCCAGCGGACUAGACGGACAUCUGCACCCAAAGAUGGACCACCUAGUUUGCUUCAUGCCCGGUACCAUCGCGCUCGCCCAGACCGGUGGCCUACCCCUCUCCGCGGCCCAAAAACUGCCCUCCUGGGGCAAGGAGCAGGAAGAAAACAUGCUGCUCGCAAAAGAGUUGACCAAGACGUGCAUGGGCAUGUACCGCACCACCGCCACCGGCCUGUCCCCCGAAAUCGCCCACUUUGAACUCGACGACGUGCCGAAAAUGUACCGCACCGAGGUUCUCGCCUCGACGACCGACUUGGAUUCGGCCGUCCCUGAAGGCGAGGGGUGGAAGAAGGAUUUCAUCAUCAAGCCUGCGGAUGCGCAUAACCUGCAAAGACCCGAGACGGUCGAGAGUCUGUUUUACAUGUGGCGCAUCACAGGAGAUGAGAUGUAUCGAGAGUGGGGAUGGGAGAUGUUCAGCGCGUUUGUGAGCCACACCGCCAUUGAGGGCGGGGGUGGAUAUACCAGUGUGAACGAUGUGACCAAGGUUCCGCCGCCGAGUAGGGAUAACAUGGAGAGUUUCUGGCUGGCUGAGACUCUCAAGUACUUUUAUCUGUUGUUUGGCCCCAAUGAUGUCCUGCCACUCGAUCAGAUCGUGCUGAAUACAGAAGCACAUCCAUUCCCGCGGUUCGACGCAAGUAAGAAGCGGUUCAAGACGGGGUGGGUGCGGAUACCGAGGGAUGAGAAGGGAGAGUUGAUCCUGAAGGACGGAAAGAAGGAGGAGAGUAAAACGGACUCCAGUAGCGGGAUUCCGCACUCAGUUUGAAUUUCAAUCCCAUAGCAUGCAUGCAUUGUUGGCGUUCUCUAGAUUUUG